UUAUGUCAGUUUUCAUCCGGAGCUUGUGCGGAGUGGUAAUACAUAUUCCCCUUCCGAUUCACACUGCGUAGACGCUAGAGUUGUCGAUAUGGCGAUACCAUUCUCCAGACCUGUUUACAACAGGAGAGUUAGACCUCUUCCUCCUGUUACCAGUAUCCACAGACAGGUUGGAUAUGAGGAUCUGAACCCGUCCUCCAGAAAUUUCCUGAUACUCCUGGUAGAAAUUCAGAGGAUCCUGCUUGCAAUCAACUCCGAGAAUGCUCCAGGAGCUGUUGAGAGUAGUGUUGUGAGUGUAAAGGAGGAGGAGGAGGAGGAGGAGAGGGUUGUGUAUGAAGAAACUGCAGUAAAUGUGAAAUGUGAAUCUGUAUCGGGUCUCAUGUCUCAGGAUUCAAGUGUGAAUAGUGACGUUCUCCAUUCACUCAAUUCAUACCCUGUAGAUGUGAAACUGAACCCCCUCCCUGAUCUAGUUCCACUCAGAGAGCAGGAACUAAACACUUAUCGUGUUGAUGAAUCUAGUCAGAUCAAGAUUAACCUACCAGAUCUUGUGCCCAGGACGGAUCUUGUAGAUCUAUCCGACUCAUCCAACCCUAAAACACAGAGCCCCUGCCAAGGAGUAAUUUCCUUCCCUGAUAUAGUCAUGUGCUCAGUACCUAGCAGAUCAAAGUCAAACCUAACCUUGUCAGAGUUUCUAGAACCCAGAGUAGAAAGACAGAUAACCAACUCCAGGAUAGAAGCUAAACACGAAACCAUAGAGUUGGAAGCACCAGGCACUCAGCUCCAACAAUCCUGGAAAGAAACAGGUCGGUCCCUCAAACAGAUUGCAGAUGGUUUCACAUUCGGAGCAAACUCAUCCUCUUCAUCCAACCCAGCUGCUCAGGUGGGACGGUUUCUCCGGCAGGUUGUGCGAACUAGUUCUUUGGAGCAGGUGUACUUGGAUCAGAGAACUGAGGAUGAACCUGACUCAAGAUCUGAGAGUUCUACUUCCCUCAACAUGUUUGGAGAUUUGUCAGUAUCCCUUCUCUUCAAGUUUGCAUUAUAUCUCGCCCUGAAAAAAUUGCAUAAUGUACUAUAAAAUUAAAUAAAAUGUAAAUA